GUGCCCCUAGGCAGUGGGAGCCCUCUUCCGCUCUGCUCAGACUCCUCUGCCCUUCGCUGUCAGCCCUCGUGAGGGUCCGAGGCUGGCUGGGGGAAUGGCGAGUUCUCUUGGUACUGCCGGCGCCCAGAUGUUGCCCUUUGGUCGCUUGUGUCUUCUCACCAUUGUUGGCCUGCUUGUGCCUGUCAGAGGACAGAGUUUGGAGAAGGUCUCGUCCCUUCCUACGGGGGACCCAACUAUUGUGAACACUCCUGUUCUAACAGAAGAUCCAGAUGCAGCCCACCUACAAGGCCCGUCUACCCUUCCAACCUUCACCUGGCCUGCAGAUGUCCAGGCAACAGAGACUCAGAGUAACUUCCCUGAGACCCCAGAGCCAGUUGGGCACACAGCCGAGGUGGAGACCCAGCAACCGACCGGAACAGAAGCUUUUUUUCUGGUGACGGAUCCAGUGCCGCAGCCCAGCAGCAAGGAAGCCACUCCCUCUGCUCGUCUCAGCGAAGGCACCACAGCCCACUACCACAGACCGUCGCCGGACCGACACGACAGGAGGAAUGACAUCCACAGACAACUUGAUCCAGAUAAGGACCCCUUCUCCUACGAUGUGGCCACUCUCCGGAAGCGGGGGCUGCUGGUAGCAGCUGUGCUCUUCAUCACAGGGAUCGUCAUCCUCACCAGUGGCAAGUGUAGGCAGAUGUCCCGAUUGUGCCAGAAGCGUGGCAGAGCUUACAAUGUGGUCAAUACUGGAACCCAUGAGAAGGAAGAUGCAGCCGGAUGCAGCUAUCCUUGAACCAAUCAGAGUCUCCCCCGCCCUACCUUGCCAGCCACUGAGGGAUGUGACCCCCUGACCCUCUUCAGACCAGAAAUAAAGUGCUGUGAGAUCC